UCAAGCUUUUCUCUCGAACGAAGCUUCAUUCGCAAAAUCGACCCACCUAUCUAUGUUGUAAAUUAAAAUCAGGGAAGCAAAGACUGAAAUACGAUGUGAUUGAUGGCAGAGAAAGAAAGACACACAAUCUGCAUGGUGUCCGAUUUCUUCUAUCCCAAUGUGGGUGGAGUGGAGAGUCACAUUUAUCAGCUAUCUCAAUGUCUUAUUGAACAAGGCCACAAGGUUGUUGUUGUCACACAUGCUUAUGGUAACAGAACUGGGAUACGCUAUCUGACAAACUAUCUGAAGGUGUACUACCUUCCAGUGGCGACGUUCUAUAAUGGUGUCGCACUGCCAACCUGUAUUACUACCCUUCCUUUGUUUCGAGAUAUUUUUGUACGAGAGUCCAUCACUAUAGUUCAUGCUCAUUCUGCUUUCUCUGUUUUGGGUCAAGAGGCUAUCAUGCAUUCUCAGACUAUGGGACUUCAAACUGUCUUCACGGAUCACUCUCUGUUUGGGUUUGCCGACGCCAGCUCAAUCAUCACAAACAAACUGCUAGAAUUGUCUCUGGCUAAUGUCAACCACGUCAUCUGUGUUUCUAAUACAAGCAAAGAAAACACCGUCUUACGAGCGGGACUUCAACCGUCAAUAGUGUCGGUCAUUCCCAAUGCGGUGGAUUCAUCGCAGUUUGUACCUAACCCGUCAGCUCGGGCUUUGGGACGAAUCACAGUAGUUGUUAUGAGCCGUCUGGUAUAUCGCAAGGGAAUGAAUCUAUUAGCCGCCAUUAUACCAGCUAUCUGCACUGACCACGACAACGUAGACUUCUUGAUUGGUGGGGAUGGACCAAAAAGAAUUCUUCUAGAAGAAGUCAGAGAGAAACACCAACUGCACGGUCGAGUCAAACUCCUCGGGCCAGUUGAUCACGCCGACGUUCCAAACGUUCUAGUACAAGGUGACAUCUUUUUAAACACAUCACUCACAGAGGCUUUCUGCAUAGCGAUUGUCGAAGCGGCCAGCUGCGGAUUGCUGGUUGUGAGUACGAGAGUUGGAGGAGUACCGGAAGUACUUCCGGAUGACAUGAUUCGACUUGCAGAACCUCGUGUCAAAUCUAUGGUCGACGGACUUCACAGUGCUAUCGAACUCAUUAAUCUGGGCAAGAGGCCUGAUCCGGACGACUAUCACAGGCGAGUUGCUGCUAUGUAUCAAUGGAAGGACAUAGCAGCAAGAACCGAAACAGUGUAUGACAUUGUCACUAGAGAUCGUGAACUCACAUUCGUAGACCGACUCCAAAGAUAUUGUCGUGGCCGACCUGUUGGCGGGAUUAUUUACAGUUGUAUUGUCAUUAUCGACUUCUUGUUACUAUGCCUACUAACAUUUCUCAGACCAACCGAGAAUAUCGACCUUGUGCCAACGUUUGGCAAUCGUUUGCAAGACACGACAAACAAGCCCACCCAUUGACUACCACCUAAUUGUCAACACAACUGACACAAGGACGACUGAAGUCAUCAUCUAAUAUAGACUUUUCUAUCAAUU